AUUACAUUUCCUGGAGUUCAUCGAUUAGAUCUGUGAUUAUUUCAGUGGCAGGUGCUCAAAGCGCAUGCGCGCCCUUUCUCCUCCCUUUCUAAAAUAGUCCGUCAUGGCUCCUCUCAAGAAGCCUAUAGUGAAGGGUGGGAAGAAGAAGAAGCAGGUCCUAAAGUUCACCCUGGACUGCACUCACCCUGUCGAGGAUGGCAUCAUGGACGCCGCCAACUUUGAGCAGUUCCUGCAGGAGCGUAUCAAGGUGAACGGGAAAGCUGGGAACUUGGGAGGUGGCGUUGUGUCCAUCGAAAGAAGCAAGAGCAAGAUCACGGUGACCUCAGACAUCCCCUUCUCCAAGAGGUACCUCAAAUAUCUUACCAAAAAGUACCUGAAGAAGAACAACCUGAGAGAUUGGCUGCGUGUUGUGGCAAACACCAAGGAGAGCUACGAACUGCGCUACUUCCAGAUCAACCAGGAUGAGGAGGAGGAAGAGGAUGAGGAUUAAACUUGUUCUUUUGUAAAAUAAAUACAUUUUCAAAAGAA